AGAGAGAUGACAACAAAACACAACCAACAGCCUUACAGCGUUUUUGGCUCUUCAUCAUUGACAGAUGUUUUGUAAACAGUAAACGACGCUAAAAACACAGCGUGCAAUGUGCAUAAUUCGGGCACUUACACACUUUUGCCUUUUCACGGCGAAUAAAAGUUUUAUCGUUUAAGUAUUGUCCGCUGACGUCACUUUGAUUCCUUGAAGUGAGGCAGAAUAAACCUUGAAAGGACUCUCCUUCAAUCUGCUGUUCGUAACUAACACACACACACAAACACACACUCACACACGCAGUCACUCACUCACUCACUCACACACACACCGAGACUCAAUUACUGCCCAAUUCCCUUCUUCAUCAUCUCCUGCUACACCGGCCUCUUCCAAAAGCAAAUCGAAAAAGGAAAACAAAGAGCAACGUUACCUGAAGUGAUACUUCGGACCCGAUCGAGGCGGAAUUACGCGAAGUGUCAAAACUAAGGGUGGACAAGCAGUGAUGUCACACAGCUGAGGACAUUCCCACUCAAUAUGGAGUCUGGAGAACGGCUGGCCUCGCCUUCCACCACCCUGGCCUCCGUCCACACCGCCACCUCUGCGUCAACAUCUUCCUCCUCUUCCUCAUCCACAGCAGCCUCCAAUGCCAAGAGCAGCCUGAACCACGGAGCCACGGCCUCGCUCAGCACAUGCGGUCCUCUGUUUGGGAUGACAGGCAGUGACCAGCCCUUCAGUGUCAGCUCAGUGACCUCUGUGCCCAGCGCGUAUCCGCUCAUGGCCCACCCAGCCUUUGGUCUGCUAUCACCGGCAACGGUCCGCCCAGAGUUUGGGGGUCUAGGAGGACUGGGGGUCUCUGCUGCCCUCGCAGCUCACCCACAACUAGGAGCCUUCACAGAAUGGUGGAGAGCAGCAGAAGCACAUGGACGGGGUCCUCCAGCCUUCUUCCCGCCUUUUCUAAGUCUGCCGCCUAUGUUUGCCCCGCCGCUGCACAACCACGAGGCCAAUCCUUACACAUCCAAAACACCCAGCAAGAGCAGUCAGGCCUCCAAAGGUGUGAACGGAGCUGUGAAUGGUCGUUCACUGUCUCCAUCUGUGGCUAAAGGAACGGUUUCGGCUUCUGCCUCCCCCUCCCCCGCGCUCCGGCCCCCUGAACACAGCCGGACACUCAACGCCAAAGCCCGCGACCGCAAGGCCAGUCACCAUAGCAACAGCACAGGGGAGCUUCAGGAGAAACCCUCACAGAAACCUAAAGAGAAGAAAGCCCGAAAGAAGCAGGUAGAGGGGUCUGGCGUAAGCGAGAGUGAAUCUGGAUCAUCGCUGGAUACAGACAGCGACGGCGUGAGCAGCAGUGAUAUCGAUGAUCUUGGAGAGGAAGAAGAUGAUGAUGAUGAAGAUGAAGAUGAGCAGAGUAAAGACAGUGAGGAGUCGGACUCAGAAAAGGAGCGGCAGAAGAAAAAGAAAAUGAAAAUUGUGACACCAAACUCUGGGCUCAGUAAGAAGGAAAAGACCAGGCUGUUGGCAGCCAAAGACUUCCACGGAGGCCUGCCGGGCAGUGCACUUUUAGAGCCCUCUCCAGUGCACCUGCAUCGCUCUCCACCUCCUCCAGGCCUGUCUCAACCCCCUCUGCUGUCUCUUUCGAGCAGCAGAGCCAGGGAAAGACCCCUCCACACCAGCGUCAUCCAGUCCACAGGCCUGGCUGCAGCCGCUAAACCGUUAGCACUAAUCGCACAGUCACGUCGAGACAUUUCUCCCAAACAUUCUCCACAGCAUCGCACCUCCUCUCCAAAAACCACAUCAGCCACUACCAAGCCCCUCACUUCAUCACCUCAGCCCCUCCCACUCUCGUUAUGCUCCUCCCCCAAACCACUCUCAGUCCCCUCCCCUCCUAAACCCCUCCCCCUGUCUUCUUCCCCCAAACCGCCCCCUCUCACCCCUUCCCUCAAAGCGCAAUCUCAAGCUUCCUCCCAGAAGUCCCAAUCUCCAGCGCUGGACACUCUGACCAGCAGGAAGUUUCUGGAAAGUUCUCUGGCACAAGUCACUGCUGACUACAGACUGAAACAGUCUUUCCUGUCCCAGGAUCAGACGUUUCCUCUCCAGUUAAAGAAACAGCAGGACCCAUAUAAGAUAAAAAAGAAGGCGGAGGCACUCACGUCCUCUUCCUCAUCUUCAUCCUCCUCCUCCUCCACACUCCCUCUUAAGCUCAGCUCUGAAGCGUCAGGUAGGACCAAGCCACCUGCAGCGCAAGGUGUGUCCUCCUCCAGUCUGCCUUUCUCUCAUGGCCUGCUGGGUCUGGGCCAGCCUAACGGAGUCAUCCUGAGCACCCAGGAUGUGCCGUUGGCCCUAACCACCAAACCUCGCUCAGACGUGCCCGUCAACCUCAGUACAGGAGGCCGUAAGAGCCCCGCCUCCGCGUCUCCCACUCCUAACCGCACCCGUGAGCCCCGGAAGAGCAAGACUCCCAAAGCGUUAGAAGCCUGGAGGGGUUUAUCCCAAAACCACCUGGUGCAGUCUCUGGUGGACCUGUUUCAACACAGCGGAGCUGAACAAAAGCUGCCCAGCAGCAAAGACUCAGAUGACUCUGCUGAGGACGAAGACGAUGAGGAUGAUGAUGUGGAGGAUGAAGAGGAUGAUGAUGAAGAGGAUUCAGAUGACAGUCUCUCAGAGUCAGACAGUAAUUCAGACAGCGAGAUGAAUGGCUCAGAGGGUGGUAAAAAGAAGCGCAAGGAUGGAGUCACGGAGAUGGACACCGAUGGAGAGAAGACUCCUCAGAAACUCAGCAAGGGGUUUUCCCAUCUGAACUCCUCCUCCAAUCACGGCCUGUCUGACUGUCUGCCACUAAACCUCCAAGUCAUUAAGCCCUCCAGUGUGGCCACACCCACCAUUGUGAGCAGCUCCGGUGCCUUGACCUAUCACAGCUCUCCCUCCUCAUCGUACUCUGUUGGCACCUCUCCAGGCUCUGCGAAGAGAAAGCGAGUGAUGAAUGAAGAUGAUUUACGGAUUCCGCUGGAAAUGGGCUGGCAAAGAGAGACCAGGAUGAAAACAGUGGGCGGUCGGCUGCAGGGAGACGUUGCGUAUUACGCCCCGUGUGGCAAACGACUGCGACAGUACCCGGAUGUUGUAAAGUAUCUGUCCAGAUAUGGAAUAACUGACAUCACACGUGAUAAUUUUAGCUUCAGUGCAAAAAUAAGGGUUGGUGACUUCUAUGAAGCCAGAGAAGGACCCCAGGGUCUGCAGUGGACUCUUCUGAAAGAGGAAGAGGUCAUCCCUCGUAUCUUGGCCAUGGAAGGUCGGCGAGGUCGUCCACCCAGCUCGGAGCGGCAGCCGAGGAGCGGCAGCGAGGUUUCAGGCAGCCGGCGGCGAAAAGGCCGCCCCCCGAAUCUAGGAGAGAGCGAAUUCCCAAGUCCCUCCGAGGCCAAACUGCUGCGCAAGCUGGAGGCUCAGGGUAAAGUGCUUCUUUUCAACUUAUUCACCUCAUUCAUAGAUAAUAACGCAUGUAUUGAUGGAAGAGAUUUGUCCGUUUUCCUAAAAGAAAUCGCGCGACAGGCGGCUCAGAUGAAGCUCAUGAGGAAACUAGAAAAACAGGCACUCGCACGGGCUGCCAAGGAGGCCCGCAAACAGCAAGCUAUCAUGGCUGCAGAGGAGAGGAGGAAGCAAAAGGAACAGUUGAAGAUUCUCAAACAGCAGGAAAAGAUAAAGCGCAUUCAGCAAAUCCGUAUGGAGAAGGAACUCCGCGCACAGCAGAUUCUCGAGGCAAAGCGGAAAAAGAGAGAGGAGGCUGCCAAUGCCAAAAUGUUGGAGGCGGAAAAGCGAAUAAAGGAGAAGGAGAUGAGACGCCAACAGGCUGUUAUUCUCAAGCACCAGGAGAUGGAGAGGCAUAGACUAGAUAUGGUAUGGGAGAGGGAGAGGAGGAGACAGCACGUUAUGCUAAUGAAAGCUGUGGAGGCUCGCAAAAAAGCUGAGGAGCGUGAACGCCUCAGGCAAGAGAAACGUGAUGAGAAACGCCUCAACAAGGAGCGGAAAAUGGAGCUCCGGAGGCUGGAGCUGGAGAUGAUCCGUGAGAUGAAGAAACCCAAUGAAGACAUGUGUUUGACAGAUCACAAGCCCCUUCCUGAGAUUCCUCGUAUACAUGGUCUGGUUCUUCCCGGGAGUGUGUUUGCGGACUGCCUGAUGGUGGUGCAGUUCCUGCGGAGCUUUGGGAAGGUCGUUGGCAUGGAUCCCUCAGAAUUGCCCACUCUGGGUAUACUGCAGGAGGGACUGCUCAACCUGGGAAACAGCAUGGGGCAAGUGCAGGACCUGUUGGUCCGACUACUCUCGUCUGCUGUGUCUGACCCAGGAUUGCCUCAAGGACACAGGGCUAAGUCUAUCUUAGGUGACCACCUGACCAAUGUGGGUCUGAAUCGGGACAAUGUGUCUGAGGUUUUGCAGCUGUACAUGGAGGCUCACUGCUCUCAGACUGAGCUAGCUGAUCUUACUCUGAGUCUGAGGACCAAAGCCUUUCAGGCCCACACGCCGGCUCAGAAAGCCGCUGUCCUGGCCUUCCUGGUAAAUGAGCUGUCCUGCAGUAAAAGCGUGGUCAGUGAAAUUGACAAAAGCCUGGAGCACAUGAAUGUGCUGAGGAAGGACGAGUGUAUUGUGGAGGGCAAAUUGAAGAAAAUGAAAACAAUCUACGCUAAACGGACAGGGAAACGUGAAGCAAUCACUGGAGGGGAGGAGCCUCAGGCUGCGGGCGGCUCCGCCAUUGGUCACAAGCGCAAGAGGAAGGCUGGGGAUAGUGAUGACGACGAUGAUGAAGAUGAGGACAGUGAAGAUGCAGGGGAUGAGGAUGAAGAUGAGGAGGAGGAAGAGGCUAAAAAGGGAAAAAAGGUGGAGACGUGUGAUGAGGAUGAGGGAGACCCAGCCACAAGUGUUGAAGAGCUGGAGAAACAGAUUGAGAAGUUAUCAAAGCAGCAAAACCUGAUCCGUCGGAAGCUCUUUGAGUCGUCUCACGCCCUGCGGUCCAUGUCGUACGGGCAGGACCGGUACCGCCGCAGAUACUGGGUCCUCCCGCAGUGUGGAGGAGUUUACAUAGAGGGGUUAGAGAGUGGAGAAGGGGUCGAGGAGCUGGAGAAAGAGCAUGAAAGGUUGAGGAACUUUCCAGUGCAGGUCAAAGAGGAGCCUAAGGAGGACGUUCUGCAGAAUCAUCAGCAUGAGGAGAUACAGGGGGCUGUGAAGGAGGAGGUGAAACAGGAGGAGGAGAAGCCCAUCGAUCCUGAUCAGGAGGCAAAUAAAGAGAUGCGCUCCUCUCCACUAAAAGAACAGCAGGAAACAGAGGUUGCGACCACGCCCCCUCAACUACCAGAGCUCCGCCCCUCACAAAGCCCUCAGUGUCAGGAACUGCCUCGCACACCUGUUGGGGCCAAGGGGCUCUGCUACACCCAUAACGGCUGCCCGGCAACAGUCGCUAUGGAAACUACAUCAGCAUCAUCUCCAGCUCACUCUCCAACUACCUCCAAGCUGACAGAGGCCAGCAGCCCAAGCGCAGAGCACACAAUCCCUCCUCCUCUGCAGUUGGGCAUCCCUGCGCACAUCCUGCAGCCGCAGCAGCUGGCGCAGACUCAGCUCCUGGCCAACGACCAGCUGCUCAAGGUCCUCAGCGAGCGCAGCGGGCACUGGUUUAGCCUGCUGCCUCGUUCGCCCUGCGACGACACCUCCCUCAUCCAGCCGUCUGCACACCCGCAGUCCUCGCCCAGCAGCAACACCCCCAGCACACGGCCCAAAACGCCACCUGCACCAUCUACCUCCUCUCCGCACCAUCACCUGCUUCCUCUUUCUGCGUCUGCAAGCCCUCUGAACCCCUCACCUGGUGGGAUCAGCAACCUCAGUUUGCAGGUAAAGCCAGGUGGAACUCUGAUUGGUUUACCUUUGGGCAACUGGUCCGGUGGGGUCAUCAGCCCUAAUCUCCCCCUGUGCAGCAGCCCCCUGCACAUAUACCCCUCAGUGGAGGGCAGCGCCAGCCCCCUGCUGGCACCCAGCGUCUCGACCAGCAAAAGUGGUUCUCCCGUUCCCACUGGGGAGAAGCUUACAUCUGCUCCUUCUCCAAUAGCACUGGACCUUCCUAGGAAUCACGACCACACUGAACCCCUGCCCAUACCAGAGGACAUGCUGCUGGGCUGGUGGAAGGUGACAGACAUGGAGGAGCUGAAAGCGCUAGUGAACGCUCUCCACAGCAGAGGCAUCCGAGAGAGAGCCCUGCAGAAACAGUUGCAGAAAUCCAUGGAGCUCAUAGCGCAGACCUGUAACAAGAACCGAGAGGUGGCAGUUAUGGAGGUCUCAGAGCUCGACGAGGGCCAGGUUUCCGUGGAGACGCUGCAGGAGUGGUGUGUGGAGGAGCAGGCCAUGGAGACCGACAUCGCUCUGCUGCAACAGGUGGAGGAGCUGGAGCGCAAAGUCACGUCCGCCAGCCUGCAGGUCAAGGGCUGGACAUAUCCUGAACCACAGUCCGAAAGAGAGGAUCUGGUCUAUUAUGAGCACAAGCCCCUCCCCAAGCCCCGCCCUGGGGCGGAGUCUCAGGAGGAGCGAAGCUCGGAGAAGGGCCUGAUCCGUCGACCCAGCAAUCCGCUGGACAUCGCAGUGACGCGAUUGGCAGAGCUGGAGCGUCACAUCGAGAGAAGGUACCUGCGGAGCCCCUUAGGGACCACCAUCCAGAUCAAACUGGAUAAUGUGGGUACAGUCACUGUCCCCGCACCUGCUCCAUCCACUAGCGCUGGAGGGGAAGGGGGAGAGGAAGAGAUUGCUCCAGGGAUGAAGCUGUGGCGGAAGGCACUGAGCGAGUUACGCAGCUCCUCUCAGCUGGCCAUGUGUCUGCAGCAGCUCCAGAAAUCCAUCGCCUGGGAGAGGUCCAUCAUGAAAGUGUACUGUCAGAUGUGCCGAAAGGGCGAUAAUGAAGACCUGCUUUUGCUGUGUGAUGGCUGUGAUAAGGGGUGUCACACCUAUUGCCACAAACCCAAGAUAACCAACAUCCCAGAGGGAGACUGGUACUGCCCUGCUUGCAUCUCCAAGGCAAGCGGUCAGUCACCUAAAUCUAAGAAGAUUCCCAAUCGUGCACCACCAGCCACUGGAGGAAAAAAAGCGACAGAAGCAGCCAAGAAAAGCAAGAAGCAGACUGAGACAUGUGAAGAAGAAGAAGCCACCAGCAGCAACAGCACCCCAAAGAAAGCAGCUUCCACCUCCACCCAGGCCAAGAAGAAUACCUCCACGCCCCCAGCACCCAAACCAGACAGCCCUGCCUGUGUAAAAAGAGCCAAAACAGCCAGAGACAACAACCGGGACCUGGGCCUCUGCAGGAUUCUGUUGGCUGAACUGGAACGCCACCAGGAUGCCUGGCCCUUCCUUACACCAGUUAACCUCAAAUCUGUCCCAGGGUACCGCAAAGUCAUUAAAAAACCCAUGGACUUCUCCACUAUCCGUGAGAAACUCGUCAGCAGCCAGUAUCAGAAUUUAGAAACGUUCAUCAUCGAUGUCAAUCUGGUGUUCGACAACUGCGAGAAGUUCAACGAGGACAACUCUGACAUCGGCCGGGCCGGGCACAACAUGAGGAAGUUCUUUGAGAAGAGGUGGACUGAGCUGCUGAAGCAGACUAACUGAGGUGGUCUCGGACCACCACGGGCUGUCAUUUCAAACCUGCGACCGGGGCUCAAAAGCGGAGGAGUCGCAGCUCUCUCUGCGACACAGAGCCUUCAGGACCGACCAAUCCCACAUCAACACCCAAAGAGACACAAGACAGCGGGUGUCUUUGUGCAAUACCAUUUCCUUCUAGAAAAGAUAAAUCGCACUGAAAUUUCAACCAUCAGAGCUGUACUAAGGAGAAAAAUCCCUUUCCACUACUUGUAAAUAUCUUUUUAUUUUGGUUUUGUAUUUUUACUUUAUCGUUAAUAUUAUAGUGAAUGUAUUUAAUUUUUUAAAUGAUUAUUUAUGACUAAAUAAAAGAAAGGUCCACUCUUCAUUUUCUAUGAAAAGGAAGAAACAGCAAAACUGCUUUAAAUCUAAUGGAAUGUUUAUUUGUUUGUGUUUUUCCUCUCCAAAUAUGAAACAAAGCCAAGAAAAAAAAGAAACUGUUUACACUGUUCUGUGCCAUGUGGCAUCAGAGUAUUCAACCCUCUGAACGUGAACUAACGGCAUCACUGUACACACACACACACACACACACACACACACACACAUACAUACACACACUCAGACAAGCAGGAGGCACCCAUGUGUACAUACUGUCUAUUAAUGUCAAUAUAUUGAGUCUUGUUUGGAAUGAUGUGUACAUAUUGUUUCAGACAUUGGAUAUUGUUUAUGCCUUAGAACGUUUGUAGCAAUUAAUUUUAGUCUUAAAGUGAUUAAUAAUAUACAUUUAUUGUUUGUACAGUAUAUCCAUAUCCUCUACAAAACACUGUGGUCUCCUUAAUCUUAGUAGUGCCUGCCCUUCAGAACAGGGUAUAGGGAAGAUAAUUUGUUCUUUUUUGUUUGGUUUCGUUUUUUCCCUUUUUUGUAACGUUAUUGUUUUCUUAUAUACAACACAUCAAGGCCUCCGCUCAAAGGCAUACUGUACGAAACUCAUAUCUGAACCCAUAUGAAAGCUGUCGGAGUAUUCUUCAGUAUCCCUGGCCCCAGAGGCGCUCCGAGAUGGACAGCAGGCGUUCUGUAAGCACCCGCGUGCGUCGUGGCCCACUGGAGGCAGCUAGAACAGAGUUUUUUUGUACCUGCGUCAGAGUACUUGAAGUUAUUUUAUUUAAAGAUAUUGUGGGAAACAAAUGGUAGCGUUCUUUUUGUAGGAGCAUUAUUUUUCACUAGUGUGUGCUUGUAUGUGUGUGUGUGUGUGUAUGUGUGUGUGUGUGUGUGUGUGUGUAUGUGAGAGUACGAGAGUGUGUUUGUGCGAGUGUGUGGAUGUUUGGCACGGACUUAUUAAAAGGAUGUUUU